CCAGCAGCCAGUCGAGUUGGUUCACCGAGUGGUCGCAUCGUGGAUUGUCCUGCUUGGCCUGCGUCUCACUUGUUCUGGUUAAUAUCGACCCUAAAGGAGUUCUUUUUUUAAAAGAAAAAAAAAAAACAACAACACACACAAUCAGGAGGACGACAGCGCGCUAAAAAGGUAACAUUUCAACAGAGCCUGUUUGUCAACUUGUCAUUGUGCUACAAACAUGACUGAGGUGGCGCAGGUUGCGGCCGUAGAGGCCCACGACAUGGACGAUGUGACAAAUGAAGAUGAGCACAGCAUGAGUGAUGCAGAAAACAAAGAAGAUGAUAUAACACACAAGGAAGAAGAUCUUGAUAAAGACAACGCAGCUGAGGAGAAAAAUAAGAUGAGAGAAGAUGAAAAGCCUUGCCACAAGAAUGAUGCGAAAAGUAAUAAGACUGACGAGACACAUAUAAACGGUGUGGAAGACAAAGAGAGCAGCAAAGAGCAAAGAUCAGAAGCUGUUAAUGGAGUACCACAGGACACAGAGACAAACAAGGAUGCACAAUCUAACCCAAAUGAAGACCAGAAUAUUUCUGAUUUGGUACUCAAGAAAGAGAAACUCCUCCGGUCCAGAAAGCCGGUGUCCAGAAGCUACGUGCCAAAGCUGAACAAAGAUAAGGGGGAUGUGACGAGCAAGUUUGAGGCCAUGCAGAAGGCCAGGGAGGAGCGCAGCAGGCAGAGGAACAACGAGGAGCAGCAGAAGAGGAAAGAGCAAUUCAUCAAGGAGAGAGAGUGGAAUCGCAGGAAGCAGCAGAUAAAAGAACUACUAGCUUCCAGUGAUGAGGAAGAAGACGUGAAGCCAGCAAAGGUAGAAAAAUCCUACGUUCCCAAGAUCACGGGUAGUGUGAAAGGGAAGUUUGCUGAAAUGGAAAAACAGAGACAAGAGGAAGAAAGGAAGAGGAUGGAAGAAGAGAGGAAGAAGAGGGAAGCCCAGGACAACAUGGAAAAAGCCAAGAUAAAGAAGGAAUUGGCUCAGAAAGCAGCAGAGGGAGAAGAAGACACAAUCCUGGUACGGGUGGUUCCAGCAAAGUCAUCACGACCUCCGGGCAAAAUCAUGAUGAACUUUGAAGACAUGGAAAAGAAUCGCGAAGAGGAGCUGAGGAAGAAAGCAGAGGAAGAGAAAAAGAGACGAUAUGAUGAAAACAGGCGCUCUUUCAGGGAUGCCAAGCGACGCUCGGUUGUUCAACAGGAUGAGGAAGAAAAACCUUCAGAGAAGGUGCAGGUGACUCCUGGAAAGCUGAAGCUGACAUUUGAGGAGAUGGAAAAGGAAAGGCAGGAGCAGAGAAAGAAGCAGGCUGAGGAAGAGGCCAAACGCCGCCUGCUUGAGGAGAAGAAAGCUUUUGAGGAGGCCAAGCUGGGAAUGGAAGAAGACGAAGAGGACGAGCAGCUGGCUCAGGAAGACAAGGAGGAGUUCCGACCUAGAAAACUGAGGUUGAGCUUUGAAGAGCUGGAAAGACAAAGGGUAGAAGAAGAGCGCAAAAAAGCAGAGGAGGAGGCCAAAAGACGAAUGCUGGAGGAGAGAAGGGCUUUUGCUGAAGCCAGAAAGAGCAUGCUUGUAGAUGAGGAUGAUGAGGUGCUGAUGGCCUUACUGAACCUGGAGGGCAGUAAGCCUGGGAAGAUAUGUGCCAGUUUUGAGGAUCUGGAACGCCAGAGAAGAGAGGAAGAGCAGAAGAAGGCAGAGGAGGAAGCCAGGAAGAGACUGGAAGAGGAGAAGAGGCUCUUUGCUGAGGCCCGCAAGAGCAUGAGCCCUGGACUGGAUCAGGAAAGGUCUGCAUAUGGAGAUGAAACAGCACUAGAUGAGGAAGAAGGGAUGGUGAAGAGUGAGUCUCAGGAAGCACUGCACCCUAGAAAAUUGGAGAUCAACUUUGAAGAGCUACUGAAAGAGAAGGAGGAAGCUGAGAGGAGACGCAAGGCAGAGGAGCGAAAAAAGAAAAUGGAGCAGGAGAAGCAAGAAUUUGAACAACUCAGACAAGAGAUGGGCGAGGAUGAAGUGAAUGAAACCUCAGAUGUUGUAAGCAAAGAGUAUGAAGAACUGACCAAGCUCAAGAGGACCGGCUCCAUCCAGGCCAAGAACCUCAAGUCCAAAUUUGAGAGGAUCAAGCAGCUGACUGAAGAGGAAAUUCAGAAAAAGAUUGAGAUGGAAAGAGCACGUAGGAAGGCAGUUGAUGAUGAAAUUAAAGAGCGAGAAGCUGAGAGGUUCCAAGAGGAGGAUGAGGAAAGAGAAACAACUUCAGUGAGGGCUGAGGAGACACCAUUCAGACAGAAGGUAGAUAUGCGUGCCCGAUUUCAACAAAUGGCCAAAGCCAGAGAAGAUGAGGAGAAGAGGAGGAUAGAGGAGCAGAAGCUGCAGAGAAUGCAGUUUGAGCAGCAAGAGAUUGAUGCUGCCCUCCAAAAAAAAAAAGAGGAUGAUGUUGAAGAUGAGGGUAGCAUUAUCAAUGGCUCUGCAGCCUACGAAGAUGAGGAAGAUCAUGCCAGGUCAGGGGCGCCGUGGUUUAAAAAGCCCCUCAAAAAUCAAUCAGUGGUGGACUCAGAGCCAGUGCGGUUCACCGUUAAAAUCAAUGGGGAGCCCAAGCCAGAGGUGACCUGGUGGUUUGAGGGAGAGAUGCUCCAGGACUGUGAGGACUAUCAGUAUAUAGAGAGAGGAGAGACGUACUGCCUCUACCUGCCAGAGACCUUCCCAGAGGAUGAAGGAGAGUACAUGUGCAAGGCUGUGAACAGUAGAGGCACAGCAGCAAGUACCUGCAUCCUCACAAUAGAAACUUAUGACUACUGAUGCCCUUCCAUGUUCUGGAAACUUUCCCUGUUGUCUCUCGUUCCUUUUGUAAAAUUUCGUCCCUCAUGGUAUAGUCAAACAGCAGAGGGAAGGAAACAGCAGUAUGCUUGGCAUUCCUAAGGGAGGGAUACACAACACGUGAAAAAAUGCAAGAUAUUGUUUACGUAUUGUUGAAAUGUAAAGCUGCACUCUGUGUAGAGUAGCAUGAUACCUGUGCCAAAAAUAGACACGAUUCUUGUUUGUAUUUGUUCAAUACUAAUUUUGCUGUAAGGCCCUUAUGAUAAUAGUGAUACCAUCAAAUUUCAAACGUCAUGGUACUAUCCUGUAAAUAUCACCCUUUAUGGUCCAUGCAUGGCAAAUAUUACUCUUGAGACUUUGAGAAAAGUAAAAAGUAAGAUGUCCUUGUCUGCUCAUUCUAAAGAACAACAUACAGACAUAUCAGUAAGACACGCUUUCUUGGGUAUUCAGCAACUUUAUCAGUAUUAAUCAGCUUGUCGUUUUCUGUACCCUUUGUCAUAUUAAAUGGUAUUGUAAUACUUAGCUGGUAAUAUAUUGAGGGUAACAUUUUAGUUAGUCAUCAAAUUGAAAUCCAGAGUAAAUCCUAAUUUACAAUGAAAUUCUUUAAAUCCACAUGAAGUCUUUAUAAAUUGCAGCAUCUAAUAAAUGUUAAUAUGUUAAUUUUCCAUGUACCAACACCCCCUUUUUUGAGUUUAAUUGUCUUGAUACAGUUGUCAUAAGUCAGUGGAGGACAGUAGGUAACUGUUUUAUGGUUUGAUAAUGAAAAAAUAGGUUAGCAUUAAUAUUUGUCAUAUAUUAUAAAUGAAAAUGUUUUAAUAAAAUGAACACAAAUAA